AUGCAUUUCAUACGUUUGUUUCUCCUGGGCACUGGUCUUGGUGUAUCAGCGCUCAGCUGCGUCAAGUCACCCUCUCGAACCAAACCUCCGCCAGGAGCGAUUGUUGUUGACGCCUCGAAGCAGUACCCCGACAGCUAUCCCACCGUAGGGCAGGCUAUCGCUGCAAUUGAGAACACGACAGCCGAGCAUGUCGUUUUCCUUAUGCCCGGUGUUUACUCCGAGCAGGUGUACAUUCCCUCACUUUCCGGUCCACUCAAGCUUCAAGGCUAUACAAAAGACUCCCGAUCAUACUUCAACAACGAGGUUACCAUCACGGGUAACCUCUCUCGGCAGACGCCUGGAUUGACAAACAACGAUCAAACAUCCACUGUCCGGCUUUGGACCUCAGAUGUCAAGGUCUACAAUCUCAAUAUUGCCAACACCUUUGGACAAGCAGCCACGGGCGGGCAAGCACUGGCUUUAAGCGCACAGAGGACAAACGAGGGUUUCUAUGGGUGCAGCUUCACCGGGUUUCAAGACACAAUAUACGCCAAUGAGGGUCGGCAAAUCUACGCCAACUCGUACAUCAAUGGCGCCGUCGACUUCGUGUUUGGUUUGCGAGCUUCGGCAUGGUUCGAGAAUUGUGACAUAGAAACUAUAGGGCCGGGUUUCAUCACAGCAAAUGGAAGAGAGUCGGAGGAGAACAAGUCUUUCUACGUGUUCAACCAUGCCAACAUCACUGGCACGAGCGGUGAGGGGUCAACUGUUUUGGGAAGGCCAUGGAGGCCGUUCUCCAGGGUCGUUUUCCAGAACAGCUGGCUCGGCAACGUCGUCAAAGCGGCAGGGUGGUCGGCAUGGGAUGCGACACAGAGCGUUGCCAAUAUCUUUUACCGGGAGUAUGGCAACACAGGGCCAGGCGCAGUCGGACCGCGUGUUGAGUUUGCAGGCUCAUUGGAUGCACCAGUGCAGCCUGUGACCGUUCUCGGACACGGGUUUGAGACUGAGUGGUGGGUUGACACCACAUACUUAUGA